AUGGAAAAUAAUAGUAGUACGACGACAGAUGAUGUACUAUGUCAUAGCUAUUUACCAUGUUCAGGGUCCAUAACAUCUGAUAUAUUCCUUCAAGUAGUCUAUGCAUCAUUACUUGGUAUAGGGUCAAGGUUAAUUGCUCAAGGCAGUGAAUAUUUAUUAGAGAUUGCAUCACCAGGUAUAAUAGGUGGUUUAGUAUUACCAUUAUUAGGUUCAUUACCAGAUGCUGCCAUUAUCUUGGUAAGUUGUCUUGGUGGAACUCCAGUUGAAAUUCAACAUAAAGUUACAGUUGGAAUUGGUAGUUUAUCAGGAAGUAAUACAUUUUUAAUUACUAUACCAUGGGUAGUAUCAGCAUUUGUAGGUAAAUGUGAUAUAUCUCAAGUGACUGGUACUGCAAAGAACAAAACUUAUACGGGAUGGUCAUGGUCAAAGACUGGUAUAUCUGUGAUGAACUAUACAACCAUUCUGUGUCGGAUGAUGAUUGCAUCACUGUUUCCCUAUUUCAUCAUCACACUGGCAUUUAUCAUUUCACAGAUUCGAGGAGAAUCGAUUCAACAACGAGAAAAGUAUUGGGCAUUGAGUACAAGUAUCAUAUGCUUUCUUGGGUUUAUAGCCUAUAGUUGCUAUCAAAUGUACGAUGUAAGAUACCAAGAGAGAAAGUUGAAUCUGGCAAGAAAGAAAUUCCUUUGGGAUCAAUUCUGUAAACAUGUUCAAAUUCAAGUAAAGAGUAGAAUGAAGUAUCGGUCCAUUGAACGAACAUUUAGUUUACCUUCAGUUAAAAAGAAUCUACCAAAAUCACAAGAUGAUCAACAAAUACCUCAUCCAAAACCUCCCCUUUCUCCUACUAUUAGUAAUAAUAACAAUAAUGAUACUCAACAAGUAAAUGAAUUACAAUUAAAAGAUUUAGAAAAUAAUAAUAAUAAUAAUAUUGAUAAUAAUAAUAAUAAUAAUAGUAUUGAUAAUAAUAAUGAUAUAAAUUCAAUAAUAGAUAUUGAUGUACCAAAUUUAACUUCAUCUCAUACGAUUGGACCAUUUUCACAACAUCAACAACAACAAUUACAACAAUAUUUACAACAACAAAAAUUACAUCAACAACAACAAUUACAACAAACAAAACAAAAUACCGACGACCAAAUUAAAGAACCAUCAGAACCAUCACAACAAGAUCAUGACCUUGGACAAGAUAGACCAAUUCAAUUAAAUAGAAGUGAAUGUUUACAUGAUAAAAAGAUGAAGAGAAUGUUGAGUAGAGAAUAUGCAAAUGCUAGUGGUCAAAAUCUACCUCUUCAUUCAUCAUUCCCAAGAAGAAUUAGAGACUCUGUUCAUAUUCCACCACCACCAACACCGGUUCAAGAUUCUUCGUCGUCGUCGACGAAUAGUAUGAAGCAUAGUAUCGAUGGAUUAAAUUAUUCUUCCUAUCAUUCUCGGCACCAUGAUAUCCCAUCUCAUCAACUCUUCCAAGGUUUGCGUGACAAGAUCAACGAUUUGGAUGAGGAUGAGAUCAUGAUGAUGUCGUUUCCAUCAAACCAACAUCCUCAGAUGGAUAUUACCAUUGACGCAUUCUCCAAAGACCAACAGCCAAAAAAGAAAGAUGUUAGAACGAUCAUCAUAAAGGCAGUGUUGGUACUCAUCCUAGGAACCACCCUCACCUUUUUAUUUGCCGAUGCUUUUGUCGAAUCAAUCACCCAGUUUUCUCAAAGAGUUGGUAUCCCUCCCUUUUACAUUUCCUUUAUCAUUGCUCCAUUUGCUCUGAACUCUAGUGAGUUGGUUGCUGCCUAUGUUCUUUGUCAAAAGAAAAAAAGAAAAAAUAUUUCUCUUGUACAUUCAUCAUUAUAUGGAGCAGUAACAAUGAAUAAUUUAAUAGCACUUGGUAUUUUAUUAUUUAUGAUUUAUUAUAGAGGAUUGAUUUGGAAUUUCUCUGCCGAGACUUUGGUUAUCUUUAUCGUCACGUUGACGGUAGGAGCAAUGGGGUCGCUUAAAACCACUUUUACCAUGAUUCAUGCGGUGGCCAUUGGUUCAUUAUUCCCCGUUUCAAUCAUUAUUAUAGCAGUCUUGGAAAGUAGUAAUACAUUGAGUUGUAAUCGUCUUAGUGAUGUACUUGAAGAGAUGGCUUCAAUAAGAUUAUAA